AUGAGCAGCAUAUUAUCAAGUGUGAAGCAAAUGCAAGAGGCUGACCGUCGUGCAAUUCAUGAGCUUGGAAUCCCUGGAUGCGUAUUAAUGUACAAUGCCGCUAAGUGUGUAACAGAACAUAUCAAAAAUAAGUAUCCUGAAACUAACAACUUCGGAAUUCUCUGUGGAAAAGGCAACAACGGUGGAGAUGGAUUUGCUAUUGCCCACAUUUUGUCAAUUGCCGGCAAAUCUGUUCGCGUUGUUGCACUUGCAAAGGAAAACGAGUAUGUAAACGACGCAUUACUCUAUUUGAAGCUUGCUUUAAAGGAAGGAAUUGAUGUCAGAUUCCCGAAUUCUAUUGAAUCCUGCAUAGAAGAAACAAAGAAACUUUCUAACUGCGAUUUAAUUGUCGACGCUCUUUUAGGCACAGGAACUCGCGGAGAAAUACGUGAACCAUUCAAAUCUGUUAUCAACAAUAUCGCAAAAGAGCCAAAAAUCGUUGCAGUUGAUCUCCCAUCAGGAAUGAAUGGAGAUACAGGCGAAAUUUGUGGUGCAUGCGUUAAAGCUCACUCUACAGUUACAUUUGCUGCUGCCAAGAAAGGCAUUGUUGGCCAUCCAGAGUACACUGGCGAAUUAAUCGUCGGAGAUAUUGGUAUGCCACCGAUUUGUUUGAAUGAUGAUGAAUGGUCAAAGUUUGUUGCUAAACAGACUCAGUAA